AUGGCUUUGACGUUCGCUGUACUUCUGGGCUGUAUCCUGGGAAUCAGCACCCUUCCUCUGGAGGACCCUGACGAUGGCGGCAAGCAUUGGGUUGUCAUCGUAGCAGGCUCAAAUGGCUGGUAUAACUACAGGCACCAGGCCGAUGUAUGUCACGCAUAUCAGAUUGUUCACCGGAAUGGGAUUCCUGAUGAGCAGAUUGUUGUUAUGAUGUAUGAUGACAUUGCUUACGAUUCAGAGAAUCCAACCCCAGGAAUAAUAAUCAACAGACCCAAUGGCACAGAUGUAUACAAAGGAGUACUAAAGGACUACACAGGGCAGGAUGUUACACCAGAAAAUUUCCUUGCUGUUCUGAGAGGUGAUGCGGAAGCAGUGAAGAAAGUAGGAUCAGGAAAAGUGCUAAAAAGUGGUCCUAAGGAUCACAUAUUCGUCUUUUUCACCGACCAUGGAGCUCCUGGACUUUUGGCUUUUCCAUCUGAUGAUCUUUAUGCAAAAGACUUGAAUAAAACCAUUCAGUACAUGAACCAUCAUAAAAAGUACCAGAAGAUGGUGUUUUACAUUGAAGCGUGUGAGUCUGGAUCAAUGAUGGUUCAUCUGCCUGACAAUAUCAACGUUUAUGCCACUACUGCCGCCAAUCCUAAGGAGUCAUCUUACGCAUGUUACUAUGAUGAAGCGAGGCAAACCUACCUUGGGGACUGGUACAGUGUCAAUUGGAUGGAGGAUUCUGAUGUCGAGGAUCUGAAAAGGGAAACUCUCCAUAAGCAGUUUGAGUUGGUAAAGAAGCACACCAACACCAGCCACGUGAUGCAGUAUGGAAACAGAAACAUCUCUCACAUGAAAGUGGUACAGUUCCAGGGCACAGGCCAAGCAGCCAACGCCCCAGUUUCCCUGCCACCUGUAAGCAACUAUGACCUCACUCCGAGUCCCGAUGUGCCCCUUGCAAUCCUGAAGCGCAAGCUGAUGGCCACCAAUGACAAGUAUAAAGCAAAGGCCAUCGUGCAAGAGAUCAAGAUGCUUCUAGAGUCCAAACAGCUAAUCCAGGACUCCAUGUACAAGACUGUAUUCUUUAUAACCAACUCCGUAAAGCGCACGGAGCAGAUUUUGUCGGACAAGAUGAGCCUCAGCAAUCACGACUGCUACCAGUCAGCUGCGAAUCACUUCAAAACCCGCUGCUUCAACUGGCACAAUCCUCAGUAUGAAUAUGCCCUGAGACAGCUGUAUGCUUUGGUCAAUGUCUGUGAACUGGGAUAUCCCAUUGACAGAAUUCUGGUGGCCAUGGACCGUGUGUGUGUUGAAAAUUCAGCCUGGUAAGAAAAGACAGCUGAUAAGAAUCA